GAAAGGAAGGGAGAAGAUACAGAGCGUUUUGAAAAAGCAGAGAGUGUCUUUGGAAAAAUUGAAAAGAAAGAAAGAAAAGAAAAAUCAUUGGAAAAAAUGGGAGACGUUGUUUUGUUCGUGGAUGAUUUGCAGUCGAGUUGUGCAGUUUCUCACUGUAGAAUUUGUCACGAAGCAGAAUUUGAAAGCUGCAAGAGCUUGGAAGCUCCCUGUGCUUGUUCAGGAACUGUUAAGUUUGCUCACAGAGAUUGCAUACAGAGAUGGUGUGACGAGAAGGGAAACACAACUUGUGAAAUAUGUCUACAGAAAUAUGAACCAGGAUAUACGGCAACUUCAAAAAAGUGUCAGCAAAUGGAAAUGGAUGCAAUGACAAUUAGAGAAAGCUUGGAAAUUCCAAGAAGAGAACGACAUGAGCCUGAAAGCCGAGGCAUGGUAGCAGUUGAUGAAGAGGCCUACUCUGAAUUUGAGUGGGCGUCUGCUGCGGAUAGAAGCGCCUCUUAUUGCCGAUCGUUGGCCUUAACAUUUACGGCACUUUUGCUUAUAAAGCAUUUCUUCGCUACACUCACCGGAGGAACAGAAGAUUACCCAUUCACGCUUGUCACUAUACUUGUCUUAAGGACUAGUGGGAUUCUUCUUCCAAUGUACAUAGUGUUUCGAACAAUUGCCGCCAUUCAGAAAAGCAUUCGGAGACGUUAUCAGGAUUUGGAUGAGGACGAGAAUGAAGAUGACACAUCAACAAACUCUGAGGGAGAUGAAGACGAAGCUGAAAAUGAGGGGCAACAUUUAUUAUAAUUGCAAUUUUAUGAUUUUACGUUAUUUCCAAUUGUAUGGGAGCAUUCCAUCAAUGCUCAUCCUGUCAAUAUUAUUCUUCCCCGUUUCAUGGGCACAAAUGAAAAAAUAAGUUCAUACUAA